UCCACACACACAUCAUUACUCAAUAAUUGACAUGUUUACAAGCUUUUUUAUUUUUUUUGGUUAAUACAUGUGUUAAAAACGUAUAAACCCCCCGGAGAUGGAAUAUUCCGACGACAUUAACGGUGACGUUGGUGUUUCCUCCGUCCACGCUUGUUUCAACACUUUGAACUCUUUGUCAGGUGUUGGAAUCUUGGCUGUUCCUUAUGCACUUGCCUCCGGUGGAUGGAGUAGCUUUCUAUUUUUCUUUCUGAUUGGAGCUACGACUUGGUACACUGGUUUACUCCUCCAACGUUGCCUUAAACUCGAGCCAACGACUCGUAGUUACCCUGAUAUAGCGUACAAAGCGUUUGGGAGGAAAGGUCGGUUAUUAGUCUCUAUCUUCAUAUACAUCGAACUGUACCUAGUCGCCACGGCAAUCUUGAUCUUAGAAGCUGACAAUAUGUCUCACAUGUUUCCACAUGCGGCAAUCCGAUUUCGUGGAUGUUUCAUACUCGACAAAAAGUACUUGUUUAUCGUUGUUGCUUCUUUAAUCGUUGUUCCAACAGUUUGGUUGGAAACACAUGUUUUUCUCUCGUAUAUAUCAGCCGGUGGGAUCCUUGUUUCUUGUAUACUAGUAAUGUCUAUUUUUUGGAUCGGCGAUAUUGAAGGUGUCGGAUUUAAGAACAAAGGUGUUUUGGUCAACUGGCCAGGGAUUCCCACUUCAGUUAGUUUGUAUCUUGUUUGCUACACAGCACAUCCGGUCUUCCCAACCAUCUACAAUUCUAUGAAGAACAAAAACCAUUUCCCUAAGAUUCUUUUCAUAAGCUUUGCGUUAUCAUCAAUGAUAUACGGUGUGAUGGGAAUAUUUGGAUAUUUAAUGUAUGGAGAAGAGGUGCAAUCACAAAUCACUUUAAACCUUCCAACACAUAAGGUCAGCGCGGUGAUAGCAAUCUCUACCACAAUCGUGAGCCCCCUAACCAAAUAUGCAUUAAUCAUUUCUCCCAUCAUGGAAGCAAUCAAUACCCGGUUGAUGAAAGCAAACUAUAAAAGGAGAAGCGUUCGUAUGUUGACCGGAACCGGGCUGGUUUUAGGAACAAUAUUGGUUGCACUUGUUGUGCCAUUGUUUGGGUAUGUAAUGUCACUUAUAGGCGCACUUUUGACUAGUUUUACUUCGAUAGUAUUUCCAUGUGCAAUUUAUCUAAAGAUCAGUAAGGGCUAUAGGAGAUGUAUGGAGUUUGAGAGUGUGGUUUUGGUGGUGAUUAUUGCGAUGGGUUUAGUUCUUAUGGUCACGGGGACUUACUCGGCGAUUGUUGGGAUCAUUGUUCACUUGUGAGUUGAUAAAAAUUGCAAAUGUUCAAUUUUUUGUUCCCUCAAGUUUCUAGACUCCAAUACUCCAUGAUUUUGCCUAUGA